GGCCAAGCUAAAGAUCAAGAAAUGUCUUCAAAAAGCUGGGUUGGCCGCAUCCACACCCGUAGGGUGUGAACCGACGUUGUACCACCAAAAAAAAAAAAAAAAAAAAAAAAAAAAAAACCUGGUUAAAUACCACAAACCCAUCAACUAUUUCUUUGGAUUAGGCGAGUGGCCAUGGCUCUCCUCCCCCAACUCCUCCACUCUCCCACCCUCCGCUCCCGAUCUCAUACCCUCUUCAAGCCCCAACCAUGUCCACUCUCCUCCUCCUCCUCCUCCUCCAACAAACUCUCCCACUAUUCCAUCCAGAAUAAGCCAAGAAACCCUUCCCUCCUCCGCUGUUCUUCAUUCGCCCCCGACUCCGUCGGUGGUGGCGGCGGCGGCGCCGAGGAACUGGUGGAGCUGCCGCUCUUCCCCCUCCCUCUGGUCCUCUUCCCGGGCGCCAUCCUUCCCCUCCAGAUCUUCGAGUUCCGCUACCGCAUCAUGAUGCACACCCUCCUCCAGAGCGACCUCCGCUUCGGCGUCGUCUUCUCCGACGGAGGCGCCGCCGUCGCCGAGGUCGGGUGCGUCGGCGAGGUCGUCAAGCACGAGCGCCUCGUCGACGACCGCUUCUUCCUCAUCUGCAAGGGCCAGGAGCGCUUCCGCGUCGCCCGCGUCCUCCGCACCAAGCCCUACCUCGUCGCCAGCGUCGCCUGGCUCGAGGACCGGCCGCCGCCCGACCCCGCCGAUGCCGACGACCUCGAGGCCCUCGCCGCCGAGGUCGAGACCUACAUGCGGGACGUCAUCCGGAUCUCCAACCGCCUCAACGGCAAGCCGGAGAAGGAGGGGGUCAUGGACCUGCGGCGCAACCUCUUCCCCACCCCCUUCUCCUUCUUCGUGGGCAGCACCUUCGAGGGGGCCCCCAGGGAGCAGCAGGCGCUUCUUGAGCUGGAGGACACCGCCACCCGGCUCAAGAGGGAGCGCGACACCCUCCACAACACGCUCAACUACCUCACUGCCGCCUCCGCCGUCAAGGACGCCUUCCCCUCCUCGCCCUCCUCUUCUUGAUGGUAGGGUGUUUACCUCUCUCCAUGCCGUCGUCGUCCUCAUUCUUGAGGGUUUUAGUUGGAAAGAGGAAUCAGAAGCAAACAGUCGAACAGGUUACAGGCAUAGCAAUAAUUUCUUUCGUUUGUAUGUUGUCGCUGUUGUAAUUUUAUUAGCCCCUUUACUCGAACUUGUAGUACUUUGUACAUUAAACCGACGCUGUUUGACGAUUAGACAAACUCAAAUAAGCUUUCACGACCUAUUAAAGUGUGGCCAUACCUCUCAUUAGGAUUGUUUGUUAGGUGUAAUGAUACACAGUUUUUAGUA